AACGGAAUCCAGACGCCAGUGCAAUUGUGCGCGCCAGGCUGCGACGGCGGCGGCGUAGCAGAAAGCUGUAGCUCAGCUGGCGAAGUCUUCCCCUCGGGAAGCUGCCUAGUCUGUCGCCUCCGCCGCCGCCUACGCGGCGGCAGCGGCGGCGGCCUUGCUGGUGCCUCCCUCCUCUGCCACCUCCACCCCUGCCUGCUCACUUGCCGGUGCUGUGGAGAAGGCGGCGGCGGCUUUGGCGGCUCCACUAUGGCGGCGGCGGGGAGGGGGGACAGUAGUUUUAAAGUAGACACCUGCCCUUGCCUCAGAGAAGCCAGAGACGCUUGAGUGUGAAGUAGCACUGCGACGCUGAGGUGCUAUUGCGGAAGAGGAGGCAGAACAGAAGUGCUGUGGAUCUCGAUGGCCAGGGAAAGGAAAGGGAGAGCAAAGAGAGACUAUCAGAAAUUUGACAGGAGCCCCCACCUGCCCACCCUGGUACCAUGGAAAACCCUGCACUGUGAUGACCUGUGUAAAAAUGGAAGAACUUCUCAGACAGACUCAUAAGGCAGAAGCUAUUUUAAUCAUCUUAUUAAAGCCAAGGAUGCAAAAUAGCACUAAAGACAGAUGCCACCUGUGAUAGACAAGAAAGGUCUGCCCAUUUUACAGAUGACUUUUGUCAAGCAUGUGGAGUGGUACUACAGCUUGAAUCAGAAAAGAUUUCACAUUAUGAGAGUGAAAUGCAUGCUCAAAAUGUUAAGUUCUAUUUUCAAGUGCAUGGGGAACAAAACGAAGUGCCUGGUAGGAAAGUGAGCAUGCAUGUUGAGAAUUCGCAGGUGUACGAAAGUGGAGAAGUCAACAGAAACAAAUUUAGUGGUCUCUGCAACAUGAGUUUUGACUCCUCAGCUGCUGCUCAGUCUCACUAUGUGGGAAGGGGCCAGAUGCAAAAUCAGAAGCAGUUACCAGAACAAUAUGACCGAAUGUCUCCAUCAGGAUGUCAAUCAAAGAUGGAUAAACCCAAUACUACUCCAGCAGCACCAACCUUCCUGAAGUCUGUUAUUGUGAAGCCUCCUCCAGCAUAUAGAAUGAGAACCUACGUGUGCCAUAUCUGCAGGAUCACCUUUGCAUCUUUACAUAUGUUCCGGUCCCACAUGCAAGGAAGUGAACAUCAAAUUAAAGAGUCUCAUGUUAUCAAUCAAGUGAAGAAUUCAAAGAAGAUACAAGAAUCUUACCAAGGUGAAUGUGUAGAUUACAUUAAAGCGAAGAAAUCUGGAGAACUAGAGUCCAAGGCUCAUUUCAGGAAGAUGGAGGAUAAUUACAUGGAAGCCCAUGGAUACACAGAAAUGUUUGAUUCCAGACCCAGACAUAAAAUGCCUGAACAAAGACAUUCACCUGAACAUUUCUGGACACACCCAGGACCAUAUAAUUCUCAAGCAAUAGAAGAGCAGUUACCUCAUUGCUUACCAGCACAGUCAAAGACAUAUGACUCUUUCCAGGAUGAACUUGAAGAUUACAUCAAAGGGCAGAAGGCCAGAGGACUCGAUCCCAAUAUUAGUUUUAGACGGAUGUCAGAAAACUAUAGGUAUAAGGAUCAUAGAUACAGGGAAAGGGUUGAUUCUGGACAUAGGCAAAGGAUGUGUGAGGAAAGAUUUUCAUUUGAGGUGCCACAGACCUACCAACAAGAAUACAAUGGUUCACCAGUGGAGGGCCAGUUACCUCACUGGUUGCCACCUCAUUUAAAGAGGAGAAAUGAUGAUUUCCAAAAUGAAUUUGACGAUCACAACAAGGUGCAGGAAUCUAGAGAAUUCAAGCCAAAGACUUCAUUUAGAGGAACUGACAGCUCUUUUGAAACCCACAAUUACAGAGAAAUGGUUGACAGAAGAUCCAAACAUGGAAUGGUUGAGCAAAGACUCCCCUGUGAGACUUUUCAGACUUACACAGAUCCAUACAAAUACAACAGUGCACAAGCAGUAGAAAAUAGGUUACCUCAUUGUUUACCAGCUUAUGAAAGCCAACAGAGCCUAGACUCUGAUAGCUUCUAUCAGCUUACCCAAGACUGUAUCUCUGAAAAACCUGAUCCCUGGAGCCUUAGUCAGCAAGAAAAUAACCCUGGCACAUACAGUGUAGAAGAUGACGACAUUUACAAGCAGAUGCCUCCAAGUGACAAUGCCAGUGCCCAUGAAACAAGUCAUAAAAGGCGACAUCAGAAGAGAAGACGACACCUGGGGGAAAGGAAAGAAAGGCCAGAGAAGGAGCAAUCUAAGCAUAGACGGAAAAGGAGCUAUCAGGAUAAAGAUUUAGAUGAAGACAAGAGUAUCAAGCAAAGUAAAGGAGAGGAAGAUAAAACUAGCGUUGGCUCUGAAAAAGUCAAGCAUCGCAAAAAGAAAAGGGAAGAGCACAAGCACAGGAAAGCAAAAAAGAAAACUGUUGAAGAAAGAACAGAAGAGGAAAUCCUUUGGGAUGAGUCAAUUCUUGGGUGCUGAACCUAUAGCAUAUCCAAGAAGGGUUAAAAGAAAACAAUAUUGAUUUAGAUAAAGACAGGAGUAACCGGUGAAGUCAAGGAAAGGUACAUUGUCAGCUCAGAAAACCUUCGGGUUGUUUUGUUUGGAAAAGUUGAAAUUGACCACAAGAAACGAUAUACAAGACAUCUAAAUACAGCCUUUAAGAAACUGUUUUGAGGUUAAAUCUACUCAAGGAUUUUGAGCUUUUAGUUUUACUUACAGAAGAAUGAAUCAAGAAAAUCA